AUGGAACAAGUUAAUAAUGUGAAUGCUAAUCCUAGGUUUGACCCCUACUCCAACACCUAUAAUGAGGGAUGGAAACAUCACCCCAAUUUUGGUUGGAGAAGUGGCCAAACCCAAGGGCAAGCUAGAGGUCAAGGUCAAGCUAGUAGUGGUGGUAACUAUGUCUCUAAUAAUCAACGGAAUUAUAGAAAUGACAAUAGGUACCAACAAAAAGGUCAAUACUCUUCCACUCACAACCCACCCGGUUUCAAUGGAGGUGUAAGACCAAAUCUAGCUCCUAUUCCUAAACCACCACUUCAAAUUCAAGCUCCCCCUCCUCCUAAGUCUAAUCUAGAAAGCAUGUUGGAGCAAUUCAUGAACUCCCAAACUAAAAAGACAAAUGACUUAGAGGAAAGCUUAAAGAAAAUGCAAACCCACAAUAAAAUGUUGGAAAAUCAAAUGGCCCAAAUAGCUAGUGCCCUUAAAGGUGGUGGAUUUUCUGAAGGUUUCAGAGCUGGUACGCUUGGGGUUUUGUCACGGCUUUUUGCAGAUUAUUCUGAUAUUAAGCCUUUACCUGCAACUGAGCUAAAACCCCGUGAUUUCGAAGCACUAUUAUCCUAUGUUAAUUCCACAAAACAUCCUAAGGCAAAUAUCCACAAGAGUGAAUCCUUUUAUGACAAUUCUGCUCCUGUUGUUGUCGAAUUCUCUUCUCGAGGACCUAAUGUUAUUGCACCGGAUAUCCUUAAGCCUGAUAUCACGGCACCAGGAGUCGAAAUUCUAGCCGCAUAUUCACCAUUGGGUUCUGUAAGUGAUUACAACGGAGAUAAGAGAUCAGUUAAUUAUUCAACUUUAUCUGGUACAUCCAUGUCUUGUCCUCAUGUCGCGGGUGCAUCUGUUUAUGUAAAAUCGCUUCACCCAGAUUGGUCUCCUUCAGCAAUUAAAUCUGCUAUGAUGACAACAGCACGUUCUAUGAGCCCGACUAAGAACAAAGACGCCGAAUUUGCCUAUGGAUCAGGGCAUGUUGAUCCUGUAAAGGCUGCGAAUCCGGGACUUGUUUAUGAAACAAAUCAAGAUGAAUAUGUUACAUUUUUCUGCAGGUUGGGCUACAACAAACGCCAAAUUGCACUGAUCACGGGUAGUGAUAGUUUCUCUUGCCCGAAAAAGAGUAACAAAAGUUCGUUACCAAACGAUGUUAACUAUCCUUCCUUGUCUGCCAUGGUUGAUGUUGGUACCCCAUUCAAUAUCAAAUUUAGUAGAACAGUCACUAAUGUAGGAGUUGCUAACUCCACCUACACCGUUAAAGUCGAAUCACCUAAGAAAAUUAAGAUCACGGUGAAUCCUAGUACUCUUUCAUUUACAUCAUUGAAUGAAAAGAAGUCGUUCGAGGUGACUGUUGUUGGCAAAGGAUUAUCAAGAAAAUCAAACUCCACUAUUUCAGCAUCAUUGGUUUGGUAUGAUGGACAACAUAGUGUUAGGAGCCCUAUUGUUGUAUACUCUAUUUAUAAGGAUUUGUAG